CCUUGCGCACGUCGAUCGUAGCAGUUGUUGUUUCUCGUUGUGCUUGCGCCGUUUUGCUCUUUUUGGUCGCCGUGUUUAUAUCCGUGUUUUAAACAUAAAUAAAACUAAACAAAAGCCAUGUUGAAAUCAAUCGUUUUCUCCUGCCUUCUGGUGGCGUUCAGCGGCGUUCACUGCAGCGAUCUCAAAGUGGAUGUGAUCAGCAAACCCGAGUUGUGUGACCAGAAAACAAAGAACGGAGAUUCGCUGACCAUGCACUAUACGGGCACACUGCAAGCCGAUGGCAAGAAAUUCGAUUCGAGCUUCGACCGGGACCAACCCUUCACAUUCCAAUUGGGCGCUGGCCAGGUCAUCAAAGGCUGGGACCAGGGUCUGCUCGACAUGUGUGUUGGCGAGAAACGUAAGCUGACAAUUCCGCCCCAUUUGGGCUAUGGCGACCAGGGUGCUGGCAAUGUGAUUCCGGGCAAGGCAACGCUGCUCUUCGACGUGGAGCUGAUCAACAUUGGCAAUGCGCCACCCACCACGAAUGUGUUCAAGGAGAUCGAUGAGAAUGCCGACAAGCAGCUGAGCCGCGAAGAGGUCAGUGAAUAUCUGAAGAAGCAAAUGACGGCUGUGGAGGGUCAGGAUUCCGAUGAGCUGAAGAACAUGCUGCAGGAGAACGAUAAGCUGGUCGAGGAGAUUUUCCAGCACGAGGAUAAGGACAAGAACGGUUUCAUCUCGCACGCUGAAUUCUCCGGUCCGAAGCAUGACGAGCUGUAGAGCCUCGACUAGGACAAGUGCUUAAGUUAUAUCUAUCUAUAACUAUCUAUGUAUAAAUACAAAAGAGAAGAAAAAAAACAAAAGCAAAAACAAAUCUAAAAACCAACAAUAUGCGACACAUUAACAGACAACAACGACAAGAAAAUACACACAUAUUCCGAAAUUGGAAAGAACGAGUGGACUGACGCCCCCCUUUACAACUCACUCCCCCCUCUCCACUUUGGGGGCGCUAUUAGUGGAAUAUAUCAUUUUUGGCAAUAUCAUUCAUAUCUGUAUAUACAUAUUACCCAUACACAUAUAUGUAUUUAUAAAUAGGAUGUUAAGCAAUUUUUGUAACAACUCUCUUCCACUUCGAUUCAAUUGUCCCAGUUUUUUGUAUAUGCUGGGAAUGCUCAAUGGAUGCGUUAUAUCUUUUUUAUAUACAUUUAUAGGUUGUUAUAUUAAAGUUUGUAACUUAUUUGUGUUGUGUCGUCUGCCAACUGAAACAUUUUCUUUAAGUUGUGUACAAGUGGAAAAGUAAAAUUAAUAAACAAUUUUCACAAUAA